AUGGAAGACGACAAGUCUGCGAAAGUCAAGAAGAAGAGUGCCACUCACCGCAAGUCCUUGUCAUGUGAAUAUUGCAGUCGCUCGUUCGCUCGCUUGGAACAUCUCCAACGCCAUCUCCGCACCCAUACCAAAGAAAAGCCCUUCUCAUGUGACAUUUGCUCCAAGUCCUUCGCGCGGAGUGACCUGCUGGUGCGACAUGAGCGAUUGGUGCACCCUGCCGAAAGUGCGGCCGGUCGAGAACACCGUGCCCAUAACGGCGAUAACCAUCACCACGAGAUUUCAAUCCAGUCGACGAUAAUUCAACCCGCUGCCCACCAUGAAUCCCGCAUGCUAGAGCUGGCCGAUGCCAUCCCGGUCCAACCACCCCCGAUCGUCGAGACCACCCACUUCAAUCCUUCCUGGGGCUACGACCUGAAUCUACUGUCGCACGCUGCAAGUCAUGUCGCAUUGGAAGGACAGCAGGAGAAUCUGGAGUCCAUUCGGAAAACAUCCCAUGCGAUCGGCACGCCAUCCCAAUCCCUACCACCGGUUCCGGAGAGAGGAAUUACCGAUAAUUAUGGUGUAGAACCGUCAAUUCUUGACCUCACGGACCUGGGUGACCCGGUCCAAGACUUUACUGUCUUUCUCGAGAGUGUAGGCUUGUCAUCCGACUGGGACUCUGGAGUCUUCUCCUCGGUCGAAGAACCCAUGUUACCGCCAAGUCUAUCAAUGGACUCCAAGCCGCAAAUUCGCGAGGCCGCCGCAUCGACGAGGUUAGGGCCCGAGUCUCACGACAUUGAGGAUCGCAUUGGACUCUCCGAUGAGGGCUCCCGACCCGCAUGGGAUAUAACCAAUGCCGAUCGACAAGUCUUUGUUCAGAAAUUGGAGGAGUUCUCAUUUGUCCUGCCGAAGGGAUUUGUUCCCCCGUCACGUCAUACCCUAUCUCGCUUCUUCGCUGGCUAUAUCAAUGGCUUGAAUGAGCAUCUUCCCUUCGUGCACGUGCCGACCUUGUCAAUUGCGAAGUGCUCUCCGGAGCUCACUUUGGCCACGGCAGCCGCCGGAUCACAUUAUCGCUUUGAAAAUGGCCGAGGAAAUGAUCUCUUCCAUGCGGCCAAAGCAAUUCUCUUAGAGCGGCUUCGCCGGAGGGACAGCCGACAAGUGCCUCAUCCAUCCUGGAAUUAUAUCUCUCCUCCGUCGGGCUUCCAUAAUUCGCGGGGUUCGUCGAUGAUCUCGAACACAGCGAGCAGCCCGUUCCAGAGUCAGCAUAUGCCUAAUCCGCCUGUGAACCCUUCUAUCUAUACCCUCGAUGACUCCGACGCACAUAUGGAAGUGAUAAGGACUUUUCUGCUGCUGACUGUGUUUGCGUCCUGGGAGAGACACCCGGAACUACUACGGGAGAUCCUCUCAUUGCAAAGCACGUUGGCACGACUCGUUCGAGAACACGGCUUGGCAGAGCUCCCUCCUCCCCCCGAGCCCAUCAGUUGGGAAGAGUGGUUGAACAUGCCCUGCUCCCAUGACCUCUGGAAGGCCAACAAUGCCGCUCAAUGGCGGCGCCUUCAACGUGUCCGACAGGGCUCGGAUGUCCCUUUCCAAGAUGCAUUUGCCCGACUCUUCAUGAAAUCCUCGACCUCUUUCCCUUCAGCUCCUAUAUCGCCCUUGGGUAACUAUAUCCUGAUCCAUGCCAUUAUACAGCAAAUCUUCUUUGCUCGGCAACUCUGUCUAUCUGCCCCGAACAUGCAUGGGACCAGCCUGCGACAGGAAGAUCUCAACGUGUUGGAUAACUCGUUGAGCGCCUGGAAGGCCCUGUGGAAACGCACGCCUGAAUCCAGCAUCGACCCCCAAAACCCUGCCGGCCCCAUCGCUUUCACCUCGACUGCUUUGCUAGGCCUCGCAUAUAUUCGACUGCACGUCGACCUAGGACCCUGUCGCCACCUUAUCACCCAAGAUCCACACCAAAUCGCCGGAGCUCUCGGCGAAUCCCCACCUCUCGUCCGCAGCCCAAGACUGAUAAUGGCACUCCUGCACUCCGCACACGCCCUCUCAAUCCCAGUGCGACUGGGCAUCGACUUCGUCGCUCGCACACACUCCUUCUUCUGGAGUAUCCAGCACUCACUGUGCAGCCUGGAAUGCGCAUUCCUCCUCAGCCGCUGGCUCCUCGCCAUCCCCGCGACCCAGUCCGAGCAGCGACUCUCGGAGCACGAGCGGAAACUCCUCCUGUGGAUCAAGAGCAUGAUGGAUGAAACCGAUAUGGCUGUUGAUCCGCCCGGAGCGCCGGACCUGGAGUUCAUGGCGAAUCCGUAUAAGGUCCGGCAGCUGAGCGUUGCGAUUGUCCGCGUGUGGGCGCGCACGUUCAAGGGGAAUACCAGCUGGGCGAUUGUGGAUUUGGUUGGGUCCAGUUUGGAUGCUUAUGCUGAUCUCCUGGAAAGCUGGACGGCCUCCUAA